AUGGGUGUUGACGGCAGCUUUUCCGACGAGGAAGAGCUGGAAAGACAGCUGGCUGCGUUAAACAUGGACAAGGUCGGUGGGAAAGGUAAGAUCUAUUAUGUUUGUCUUGAUUUUUGGAUAUUAGGUCUUUUGGAAGGUGCGUUUGAGUUUGCAAAAACAAAGACGUAUGAUCAUAUUUGUUCCACUUUUAUAUAUUAUCGAUGUCAAUCAAUACUAUAUCACUUUUAUGAAUUUCAGUGAAAAAGCUCAAAAACAAAGCAUCAAAGCGACCAGUCGAUGAUUAUGAUGAUGUGGACGACGAUGAUUUAUUGGUGUGUGUUUAUACUUUUUAUGGAGUAUUUAGUAUACUUCGAAUCGUUUUUUUUACAUGACUCAUCCUUUAUGGAUUAUGAAGAAAGAAAUGGAGAUAGGCGGUGAUAACGUUCUUCGUUCACGUGAAAACCACCUUGCCAACUUGUUGUUGUUGUUUUUGCGAAAGUCAAAAUAUUUUGACAAUUCUUCAAUACUAUUAUUUUAGGCAGAACUGCAUGAACUUAUGGGAGAUGAAGUCCAAGAGCCGACUGUUUCGCAUAAACAAAGACGGGUAGAACAAGAUUCCAAACGUAAGUUGCUUUUAAAACCUUUUGUAUUUCUGAUGUUUAGAAGAAAGAGCAGCUGCAGUUAAGGAAAGACAAGUUAGUUUGGAGCUUAGUGAGCCAGAUGAUGAGCCUGGAGAUGAUGAAGAAGCCGAGUUAGCAGCCAUCAUGGCAGCUGAGUCAAAGUCUCGACCAGCUCCUCCUAAGCCAGCCCCUUCGCAUCCCGCACCUCCAUCCGGGCCAGUACAAGUUCAACCUCCACCUCCUCCACCUCGAGCUCCAGCUGGGUCUGAUGCAAAGACUGAAUCUACUCCGCAAGAUCCAUCUCCAUCGGAUCCAAAAACACUGGCAAAAGCGACCAUCACGAGGAGAAUGGCCGCUUUUACGGCCAAUGGAUUAGCCGCGCAUCAAGAUGGGAACUCCGGGUAUGCUGCGGAAUGCGCGGAGACUGUACAAAUGUUUCAACAAGCGCUGGAGAUGUGUGAUACAACCGAUAUUACCAUGGCUGAUCUGGAAGGAAUCCCAAAAACUCCUCCGCCCUACAAGGUAGUUAAUAUUUAAUUUUUUGAUUCUUCAUUGUUUAGAGAAAGAAUCAAGCUCCCGCUAAGCCGGUUCCCUUCCCCACUGGCCCAAUGUCCUUGGAAGAGGAGCUUCGCGCCCGGUUAGCCAAAUUUAAAUUCCUGGCAGAGGACUUCCAAUCGAAAGGAGAGAAUGUCAAAAUGAAAAUGAACCAGCGGUUGGGUAAUCAGAUCAACCAAGCGCUUGUCCGCCUUCAAAGAGGACAUCCAAUAGAGCCGGACAAACUCCCGGCUCCACCUGGAUUUGGUCCACUUAAACCAAUGUCCGAGUAUCCUAAGACAACUCCAAGUGCUCCGGCUUCUCAACCAGCUCCCCGACCAUCCCCGGUACCACAACAAAUGCAACCCGGCCCAAGUGCAACGCCAAAGGAAGUUCCAGUUAGAACUAGUCAGAUCCCGCCAGAACCAACACAACCAGCCGAAGAUAGCCCAGAGGAACAGAAAAAGGUCUUGGUAGAAAAGCAACAAAAGUUCAAGAAGGCUGCGCUGAUGUAUAAACAGAAUGGCGAUCUUAAUGCUGCAUCGAAAUGUCUUAAAGCCGCCAAAGUAAGUCAGAUUAUAUUAUACUUGGUGCUUCUUUCAUUACGCAAUAUUCCGCUUUACAUUGCAAUAUUCUGGGCUGUUUUCAUAAAGCUGUUACAGGCAUUAGACGACGAUAUCAAGCGGAUAACAGCUCAUCAACAGCGGUUAUCUUCACCUAGUGCAAUACCGGCUUCAAUGUCAGCCGUUAGUGUGUCUCCGGCUUCUUUAUUGAUCCCUGAUCUAAAGAAACAAUUGGAAAUGGCUGUAAAAAUGAAAACUAAACUUACUGCGGUAAAGAACACAAGCUCCGUUCAGAUGUACGAACGACUCAUUCAAAAGGUCCGGAUUGAUCUCCAAGUAUGCUCCCGAGUUGCCCAAGGCAACGAUGGACCUGUCUCGUAAGUUUAAAUGACCCUUUGAGCAAUUGCAUUGACGUCUCUAUGACAGCUUUAGAAUAUAAUAAUUUGUUUUAUAUUGGUUUAGGUUCAAGGUAACCGAAGUGAGGCUACCCGUUUUGGAGGCAAAUCUGGAUGUCCCGGCUGACAUUCUAGAACUCAAGAUAACAAAAAUAGAAUCGUUGAAGUUACCAGAUGGCUGGAAAGACUCGGAUGCGUCUACUUUUGUCUCUUACGACUUCCCAUUUCCCCAUGAAGCGCAUCAAAAAGGAAAAACGGCUAUUGUUUAUGGAACCACUGAACCUGGUAAGACUUUGUGGGUUGGUUGGAUAGAAGAAUGAACUUCUAGCUAUAUUGGGUGAUGUAUUUUAGAGUUUGAAGAAGUUUUCCAACUUCAAAUCAAUCGAAAAGCCAAACAACUCCAAAGAGUCCUCUGUAGAUACCCACUGAAGAUGUUCGUAUACCAAAAAGGAGGCUUCCUAAGGUCGGACAAGCCUUGUGGAGAAGCGGACAUUGUCCUGGAUGCAUUGGACGAGAACGCUAGCUUUAGUGACACCAGAGAUUUACUGAUCGGACGACGAAAAACGGGAGGGAAAAUCAGUUUUGAGGUAAGGCCUAUUUGUGAGCAAUGAAAACUGAUUACUUGAUAUUAAUCCAUGAUUUUCAGGUGAGGAUCCAGAAACCUCUGAAUGAACAGAAAAUGCUCACUCUUAAGCCACAUGUCUGGACAACGCUUACUCAAUGA